GGAGGAGGAGGAGGAGAGGCACCGCUCCGCCAGUGCCCGCGCUGCCUGGCUGCAGGGAGCACCGGGGGCCGGGGGCCGGAGAGGAGCUGGAAGCGCAGCGCUGAGCAGGGAUGGACAUGAUGAUGCUGGUGCAGGGCGCUUGUUGCUCCAACCAGUGGCUGGCCGCCGUGCUCCUCAGCCUCUGCUGCUUGCUGCCCUCCUGCCUCCCGGGUGGACAGAGCAUGGACUUCCCUGGGGCAGCUGUGGACAACCUGGUGGUCAGGAAAGGGGACACGGCUGUGCUUAGGUGUUUCUUGGAAGAUGGAGCUUCAAAAGGUGCCUGGCUGAACCGGUCAAGUAUUAUUUUUGCAGGAGAGGAUAAAUGGUCAGUAGAUCCUCGAGUUUCAAUUGCAACAGCAAAUAGAAGGGAAUACAGCCUCCAGAUACAGGAUGUAGAUGUGACAGAUGAUGGUCCAUAUACUUGUUCUGUGCAGACCCAACACACUCCUAGAACAAUGCAGGUGCACCUAAUUGUACAAGUUUCUCCAAAGAUAUAUCAUAUUUCAACUGACAUUGUUGUAAAUGAAGGGAGCAAUGUUACUCUUGCGUGCUUGGCGACAGGAAAACCAGAACCUUCCAUUUCGUGGAGACACAUCUCUCCUUCUGCAAAACCUUUUGAAAGUGGUCAAUAUCUGGACAUCUAUGGAAUUACAAGAGACCAAACUGGGGACUAUGAAUGCAGUGCAGAAAACGAUGUUUCAGUCCCAGAUGUGAGAAAAGUAAAAGUCACAGUAAACUUUGCACCCACAAUUCAGGAACUUAAAUCAAGUGGUGUGAUGCUUGGAGGUAAUGGAUUGAUAAGAUGUGAAGGUGCGGGAGUUCCUACUCCAGUCUUUGAGUGGUACAAAGGAGAGAGAAAACUGAUCAAUGGUCAACAAGGAAUUACUAUUAAAAAUUAUAAUACAAGAUCACUUCUUACUGUCACCAAUGUGACAGAGGAACAUUUUGGCAACUAUACAUGUGUCGCUGCCAACAAGCUAGGACUGACCAAUGCCAGCCUCCCUCUCAACC